AUGUUACCAGAUCAGAGCCCUUUUGAUUAUUACCUCAACCUGCAAGCCGCAGUGUUACAAGGGGAACGGGACUAUCCUAAUGCAAUUGGUGACCCGGAUCUUCUCGCCCGCAGAGUGUUUUUACAGGGUGUCCCUCAAUGGAUGCGAGAAGCCUUAGCGACGAGAGACGAUGCACCCACAGAUAUACUCGUGCAUUGUGCUCAACAGUUGUGGAAUAACCGUGUCGGCGUUUCACACCCCCAGCCACGCCCACAAUCGACGGGACACCGUCGCCAAGUGGCAACAGUUGCUUUCAACCCCCAUGUAGCCAGCGUGUACGAGAAUCAUCCGAUGGCCAGGCGAUCACCACCUCGAUCUCCACCCCGAGGAGCCCGACAAGAUGAGGACGAGAGUAACUACUGCCCAUAUCAUCGCACAACAAGUCACAGCCUCGCUGACUGUCGUGCACGAGCGCGGGAGGAGAGACGAUGUUUUCGCUGCAGUCGGCGUGGACACUUCACUUCGUCGUGCCCUGAGGGUCGCGCGGACCGGCCCUUUCAGCAGCGCCAGGGGAGCUAUCGAGGCUCGUCUUCCACUGGCAUCACAGCCGACACACGAGCCUACUAUCCAACCUCAAGCAGCCGCCCACCAACCUGUGCCUUCUCGAACGCCGCCACGCAAGUUUUACGACGAGGACUAGCAUUGCUGCUGAAUACCUGGCACGAUUUCACCUCGCUAAGCAGCACAGUUGCUACCGUGUGUUGCAAGGAAUCUCCGGAACACCGCAUGGAGGUAACUGAAGAAGUUGACUUACCAUUACAGUUCUCAGACGCCGUAGGUAUUACUCAUCGUGCUUCGGGGCUCAAUACCCGUUUCCCUGGACAUAUAUUACUUGGGAUGGAUUUUCUGAGGAGGUUUCCUUUCAGUUUCCAUCACGAACCGCCGCCUCGCUCCAGUUAUCUGCGUAUCCUGGGCUGUGAACUCGAUGUGACAUUCACGAAGCACUGCAGUCUUGCCCUUGCCAACCUGUCGGCGGACCCAAGGAGUACGAUCACAUCACCCCACGGAUGCCCCCUUCACUGCACUAAGCAAACGGAAGUACCGCCUGAUAGUGCAACCUUCGUCAAGUGCAGGGUACCCCGGAGUGUGACGGAUGACGAAAUUGAAGUCACACCUUCAUCCCGCCAGCUAAUAAUCCCCGCAAGUGUGACCACAGUUGAAGAACGCCGCACUGAUGUCUGGGUGGUGAACACGACUCCGCGAAUGAUCAAACUACGCCCGGGUCAAGUGAUCGCCCGUGCAAGCCCGAUUGCUACAGUGUAUGCAUCAGACUCCCGGCCUUUGGGAGGCCGUGGUGCACCCGUCUCUUCACGUGCAACGCCCAACACUGUUCAAAAAGUUACCUUAGAAAACUUGGCCAACGAACCAGAAUUUCUCGGUGAUCUCGAAGAUGAUGAUUUUGAAUCAGAAUUUGGAACCCUGGAUUUCGGAUACGAUGACUUCAUUGCCUUCCCUGACACGUUUUUAUCCGAUAGCUCGACUUCUGAAGAUGAAGACAUCGGUGACAGCAAGGUCAGAGUUGACGAGGUCCUGCCGGUCGAGGAUGCAAAGUUCAGUCAUCUUACCGAACAACAGCAAGGACAGUUUCGUGAACUACUCAGCGGGUAUGCUGAUAUCUUCACGGAAGAGAAAUCUGCCAUUGGAACCAUACCAGGGGUAGAACACACCAUUGAAACUGGCGAUGCAAAACCAAUCGUUACACGUCAGUGGAGACUUCCGCACGCAGCGAAGCAAACCAUCAAAGAAGAAUGCAGGAAGAUGAAGGAAGCAGGAGUAAUUGAACCAUCUUCAUCCCCCUGGCUUUCACCAGUCGUUUUGGUGAAGAAAAAAGAUGGUACUUUGCGCUUUUGCAUAGAUUACAGGAACCUGAACAAAGUCACCACAACCGAUAGUUACCCCCUCCCAAGGAUCGACGAACUUAUUGACAAUUUCAAUGGGACAUCUUGGUUUACAUCCUUGGAUGCAAGAUCAGCUUACUGGGCAAUCCCUGUGGCCAAACCAGACCGUCCUAAGACGGCAUUCUCUGAUGGCCACCGUCUGUGGCAGUUUGCACGUUUACCUUUUGGCUUAGUCACUGCUCCUCCAACCUUCCAGCGUGCCAUUAAUUUUAUACUCUCUCCAGUGCUUGGUAAACAUACUGUGGCCUAUUUAGACGACAUUGUGGUUCACAGUGCAACAUUCGAAGAACAUCUUGUACAUCUAGAAGAGACGCUACAAUUGCUAAAAGCUGCUGGCCUCAAAUUAAAUAACAGAAAUGUCAAUUUGCAACUAACACCAUGA